AUGCCCGUUCUUCUUAGGAAUUGCAAUCCCUACUAUCAAUAUCUAGCUCGUGGCCACACCGAGCUUUCCUAUCCCCCGUACAAAAAGAACUCGGAUGGCCAGGUAACACUUAUUCCUGGAGAGGUUUUUUGCCGAGUCCGUGAUUGCGAGAAAAGCAGAUCUCCCGUCUCUUCUACAAGCUCAUUACGCAGCCAUCUCCGUACACAUGGCUACAACGUUGAAGAAGGAAAGAAACGUUCUCCUGCCUUGGCGGACCAGACCGCUGCUUUUCAGUGGUUUGAGCAGUUGAUGAAGAAUCAAGAUAAGAAGAUCAAUGGUGAGAAAGCUAAACGUGAGCAUGAAAAUGAAAACAAAAACAAAAAUGAAGACAAAGGGGAAGAGGGCGAGGACGAAGAUGGAGAUGGAGAUGAAGAUGAAGAUGAAGAUGAAGACAAAUAUGAGUGCUACUAG